CAGUAAAGGUCCAUGAUAAAAGCCAGCCCAGCUCCUCACUCUCUCAUCCACUUCUCUUGCCUCCAUCUCCUUGGGAGUCAGGUUCACCUCCAGCCCCAAGUCAUGUCCUGCUGUGAUCAGUGCCAGCCCUGCCAGCCCUGCGGCCCGACCCCGCUGGCCAACAGCUGCAACGAGCCCUGUGUCAGGCAGUGCCAGAACUCCACUGUCAUCAUCGAGCCCUCCCCUGUGGUGGUGACCCUGCCCGGCCCCAUCCUCAGCUCCUUCCCGCAGAACACUGUUGUGGGCUCCUCCACCUCUGCUGCUGUUGGCAGCAUCCUCAGCUGUGACGGAGUGCCAAUCAACUCUGGGUGCUGUGACCUCUCCUGCAUCACCAGCCGCUACUGUGGCAGAAGGUGCCCCCCCUGCUAAAGAUGCUGGCAAUGGCCUCCGAUAAGGACUCUAGGAACCCAGAAGAUGCUGCUGGACAGAGGAUCAAAAUUCAUGCUGUUGU